CUCUGCAUAUUUGACUCGUCACUUUUCUCUUUCACAUUUUCUUCUUCUUUUCUGCUUCUUCGCUCAGAUUUCCUGUUCUGGAGCCUCAGCCUGUCUCGCCCGGCUCUUUAGUCAUCGGUCGACUUCCUCGUGCUCGCAAUCCUGCUCCGUCGUCGACCAAAAAUGAUCGGCUCCGCGGCAAAGUACCUGACUCCCAAGCUCCCGCCCUAUCCUGGCCCCUACACCGUCGGUUCUGUCGAGGUCGAGGUUCCGGCUCCUUGGCCUGCUAAAUACGACGCUAUCGGGACCGCCGUCGAGACUCUUCUUUUUCGUGUCUUUUACCCAGGUUCCGUCACCGCAGAUGGCGCUGCCGAGGUCCAUCCUUACUGGUUUCCCGGUGGCAACCGCGACUACAUCAAGGACUAUGUCCAGUUCCUCGGAAAAUCAUCCACCAUAGGCUCCCUUCUUGCUCGCGUGCCCUUCGUCGCAGACGCAGUCCUCCCAUGUCUCGCAAACAUCCCGCUCCUCGCUCCCCCUUCCGGUCACAAAUGGCCCGUUAUCGUCUUCUCUCACGGUCUCGGAGGCACCCGCAACGCUUACUCCCAGUUUUGCGGUUCCAUGGCCUCGCAUGGUGCCAUAGUCAUCGCUCCCGAGCACCGCGAUAUGUCGGCGCCCAUCACAUAUGUCCGAAAUUACAAAGACAACACAUACUCCGAGAUUCCUUAUCGACGCAUGAUGGAGGUCAACGAGACUGCUCGCAUUCUACGUACCUUCCAACUCACUCAGCGGGUGCGUGAAGUGGUCUCUAUCGUCAAGGUCCUGCUCGAGCAGAAGAUCGAUCUCACGCCAGCAUCUACAGUCAACAGCCGCGAGCCUGUUUCUAUCAACCCCAUAAACUUCAACUGGGACUUUGUUGAUACGACGAUCGAGAAAGUUUUGUACUCUGGUCAUAGUUUUGGCGCCGCUACAACGAUAGCGGUGGUUAAAGGCGUCCACCACCUGCUUGAUUUCUUGUUCCAGAAGCCAACUGACGCAGUCGCAACCAACAAUACCGGUAAUGAGGAAGUACCCGACUCCAUAGAUCAAGAGUAUGAUCCAAAUGAUCAGUUUCUGCGUCCACACCCCUCAGCAGGAGUCGUCCUCCUGGAUCCCUGGCUGAUCCCGGUUUAUCAAAUGAUGGGCAUUCCGCUUACUGUUCCCGCGGUUGCCAACAUGUCUCAGUCUUUUUAUGGUUGGAAGUCAAACAUGAACUUGGUCUAUCAGCUCUUGUCAAACUCCGCCGUCCCUGAAAAAAUCCGGCCAAAGACCGACACCGGCGUGCAUUUGUUUUUGACCAAACCCUCAGUCCAUCACUCGCAGAGCGACUUUGCGCUUCUCUUCCCAAGCUUGACAAAGUACGCCUUCAAGCUCCCUGAAUGCACCUUCGAGACGCAGACCGCGGUGAUGAACAUGAACGUUGCCGGUUGCGUAGAGUUCCUACGAGAGUACGCUGGGGUUCAGUUAUUCGACGUCACUGGCGAUGCAGAUGAGGGCCUUGUGCGCACGGAGAGUAAAGAGCAUGAGGAGGGUUCGACUGAGACUGUUAGUACUGGGUAUCUCGUCGCUGGGGGACAGAUCAAGGGUUGGUCGAGGCUUGAUGUUGAGAAUGAUAUUACUGUUGUAGAUAUUCUGGAGGGUAAUACUUAGAGUGUAUAUAUUGUUUUUGAUUUUGUUUAUAUCUGGUUGUUUGUAAAUACAUGCAUUAUUCUAUUCCUACACA